AUGAGACCCUCGGCGCUGCUUGCCCUCCUAAUCGCUGGAGUUACAACUGCCCAGACCACCAACGACACGGCCUCCUACCUCACAGCCACAGCCAUCGUCACAGAUGCCGCAACAAAUUCCUCCGCUCUCCAAUGCUGGCAAUUCACCACGCCGCUCGAGGUCCCCACCACGCCCGGCAUCGCGGGCGCGCUGCGCUUCCGCUUUAACUUGUCCACCGCAGCCGAAUACGCUGUGAUCCCGCCGCGCUUCGAUGGCGGCCUGCACAACGCGCCGCAGAACCAAUUCGUCAUCUUCUCCUCCGGCCUCGCCCACGUCACACUGCCCCACUCAUCAGACGAGGCGUGGGUCGUUGGGGGCGGGAACGGCCUCAUCGUCGCUGUUGACACUGUCGGCUCGGGCCACUACACCCGCUACCCGACAGAUGAGACUACCAUAUCCUUCGCCCUGCCCUUUGAGAACGGGGUGCCGCCGCCGUACGAGGUCAAGUCGCAGGGCGCGUGCGAUAACCGGGGUGGGUCGCAAUUGGUUGAGGGUGAAGUGUUGUGA